AUGUCGGAAUUUAAGAACUGGACGCAGGAGACCGAGAUGGCAGUGCUCAGUGAAGUAGCCGCGGCUCAGAACGAUAGCCCCGAGCGCGUCGAACCGCGCCAUUCGCUCCCUGCCCAGCCCUCAGAGAAGACGCACAUCAACAGUCCCGAGUCUCCUCGCCCGUCAAGCCCAACGCCGCACUGGAACCGUCUUCCGGGCUUUGCACACAUUGACGGUGAUGUCAACGGCCGUGGGUACAACGAGACGUUGGUCGACAUCGUUUGCGUGCCGUGCCCAGGUGCUGAUCCUGUCGAGACAUGGGCCCGCGAUCCGCUGCCGGAGGGUUACUUCGGGCGGCCCAGCGAUGUAUCGAUAAGUGCGGUAAAGGAACUUGCGGGCGCAUCCAUCUUGUCGCCCACGAUCAACCGACACCUCCCGAUGGCGACCCAUCUUUGGGUAAGGCAAGGGAUCCGGAAGGAAGUCAGCGAGGCGCGCGUGUUGCUCUACCGCCACCGAGAGUUGGUUGAGGGUAUGACAUUGGACGACCUCGCACUGGACCUCAUCGAGCAGGUCUGGAACGUACGAUAUGGCAACCAACGCUCGCGCCCCUUGUUCUUUAUCGCGCACAGCGUUGGCGGGCUCGUUGUCAAGCUGGCGCUGCUGCAUGCCUCCAGAACCGAGCGAUACAAACCUUUCAUGUAUAACUGCCAUGGCGUCUCAUUCUUCGCGACUCCGCAUAGGGGCUCGAGUUACCUGUCAAUGAAACAUUUGGAGGAUAGCAUCCGUCGUCUCCUUCGGCUUCAAAGGCCCUUGCCACGCUCUAUCUCUGACUAUCUCAGAUUAGGCCAUAAGCCCCUUCUAAAAAUGCAUGAAGAAUUCUCGACCAUCGCCAGUGAGCUCAGGAUUUGGACCUUCUAUGAGACCAUCGACUCCCAGCUGUCAGGCUCCGGUUCCACAAGUCGAGGGCGCGCCAAGGAAGUCCGUUUUGGCGCCCCCCUCGCCUCCAUCAAAUCAUCAAUGGUUGGUGUGCGGCAGGAGCAUGUCUUCUCCUUGGACAGCGAGCAUAGCAAUUGCGCUUCGUUCGGCGUGGGGAACACGGAGACUAUGAAUACCUAUCUACAAGAGCUCGCUUUUGCUGUGCAGAGGGCAAUGGAACUGAGCUCCCAGUACAUUCACACGCCCUUGAAUCUCAAGAAACACGUAAAAGUCGAAAUCAUCGGCUUCUACGAAGACCCGGAUGCCGAGAUGGAGUCUGCCAUACGCCUUUACUUCACCAAGCUUCAUCUUCAAAAGUUCCUGGAGCAAGGUCCCGAGCGAUGUCUUGAACAACGACUGCAGAAGACAGCAUUGAGGCCGCACUCCGACCCGGAUCCACCGCACCCGACCCAAGAUCCGCAUAAGAGCAACAAAGGCAUCGGGAUCCUGUCCAGUUUCCAAGAGCUCGGACAGAAGGUUUGGCAAGGUCACUCAGACUCCCCAAGCCGGCCCAAGACCCCCGAUUCAGAAAGUCAAGGCUCACCGGGAAUCAUGGUGACCCGUCCUUCCGCAGUGGAGGGCUCGCAUUCUAUGCCUGUUGAGACCAUUCGAAGAAUGCAAAGCCUGAAGGUGCCACCUCUCUCCCCGCCUGGGUUCAAUCGUCCAUCGAGCCGUAGUAGCAACGCCGGAAGCACGAGGUCAGACCCUACCGACCUGGAGUUAUCACCAAAGGCCAUGUAUCCGGAAUCGUUGCCAGUGAUGGGCGUGGGGAAAAGCUAUUCGGAGCCGUUUUCCAGGCGUCAAGAUCGACUUUCGCGAGGAUCGGCGCUCGACGACCUGACGGCGGGAUUCUCGAGACCUGAUCCGGCCAGCAGAAGGUUUAUGUGGAUUCAUACGCCAUUCACGAACCCAUCAUGGGUGAAGGAUAUUCUCGGAGUCCUGGCGAACCCCCAUGACCCAAGCUUCAUAAAGCUUUCCAACAACGACAAUUGGGCUUCGAAGCAUGUCAUAGGGAGGCAUUCUCAAUCCCAGGCCCCUUUCGUCAAGCCAUCCUGCAACUACAUACCCCCUGGAUCAACUCCAUCGCCUCAUCCAUCACCAAACCUGUCUGGCCGUACUAUCUCUGGCAGUGGCUCUUCGUCGGGCUAUCUCUACAUGUACCUCCCGUUCCUUCAUUUCGACACAUAUAUUGAUAUCCUCCAUCGGCGCAACUUUAUCAAGCGCCGCAUGCAACAUGGGCGUGCUCGUCCCGUCCCUUCCGAUGUGGCAGAACUGGAUUCUCCAGAACUUAGGAUGAUAUGGGAGUACAUCGGAUAUGAUCCACCACUCAACUAUCGUCGUACUCUAGACCAGUUUGCCUACCCAUCGUUGAGGGACACAUGGGCCCGAGACGAUGAUCAGAUGCUGUACAAGCUGACGAAGGACCGCACUCCAAACGUGAUGGAUCGAGAUCAGCUCAUGCUGCAGAGGGGACCGACGAGCGGUUCAACGUGGAGUCCUGGGGAAAAAGUGAGCCCCUCAAAUACAGGCCUCUUGGAGGAGGAUACCUUGGAUACAGACGACGAAGAGACCGACCUGGACGAGACCAUCAAGGAUGGAAAGGUCUUAAUGGUUGAUCAGUUAUGGCUAUGGGCCAUCGAUACGACAACAUUGUCGACAUUCUUCAACCGCAGAGAGUCGAAGCGAAAAGAAGGACCUCUAUUUCAGCAAUCGGACCUCAGAAAUAGUGUUUACAACGAACUUAACGGAGAUUUGACAGGGCGUUGCGAGAACGCGUUGGACCUAGCAGCGUUUAUCACCGAACGCAUGACUUCCUCCCUGAAGCGCUUCCGUAUGCAAACGUUCAAGGAUGUGAGCGGCUCCGACUCGGACUCGGACGGCAACAGGCCCGAGUCCAUCAAGAAGCGCCACAAGCGAGAGCUUGAGGAAGCCGAACGCGAGAAUCGUGAAAACACUUCGGCUCUCAUGGAGCUUCGCGACAUGGAGGAUGAGCUCAAGUCUCUGGUGAAGCUGUUCGAGGCCCAGGAGGUCGUCGUCCGGAACAUGAAGUCCAUCUUCGAGGGGGAGGAUACUAAGCACUUGACCCGACACGGCCUGAUGUAUCUCGAAGAGGCGCUGAGCAAGGUGGACGGGUACAAGAGCCAGACGGUGGAGAUGCUUAAGCGUGUUGACACGACGAGGACUGAUUAUGAAAAACUUCUCGAGAUGGUCCAACGCAAGGCCCAAGUCGACGAAGUCCGCUGGUCCCGUCUCCAGACCGAGCUGGCAUCCUCACAAAACCUCUCCGUCAUGAUCUUCACCACCUUCACCGUCAUCUUCCUCCCCCUGUCCUUUUUCAGCAGCCUUUUCGGCAUGAACACCGUCGAGUGGGACAGACAGCUCCCGACAAUCGGGUUCAUCGGCGCCGUCUCGCUGCCCGCGUCUGCCGUUAUCAUCUCCGCGGCCCUCGUCGCGGCAUUCAGCAGCCGCGUGCAGGGCUUCGUCAGGACCGGGUACAAGGGCGGGAAGAAUGUGCUCCAGGCCUUGGGAUCGGCAGUCAUGGAGUUCAUGCCGCGCAGGAAGCAGGAGAAGAGGCGCGUCAACAAGGCGGAGAGGGAAGAGAGAAGGACGAGGAAAAUGGAUCGCGGGUAUGACUUCUGGCAGAAUGUCAGGAGGGAGAGGGCAAGUGAGUAUCGUAUCCCGGAGGUAAACCGUCACAGAACGAGAACAUAG